UCUCUUCCUCCAAAUCGGUGAACGACGGGGAACGCUGCCUGGCGCUCACCCCCUCCCUCUCGCACGAACCCUCUCGCGUCUCCCUCCCUCGCACAAACCCUAUCGGUGGCGGCUGCUCCUCUCCCUGGAUCCGCGCCCCCGGCUGCUCCUCUCCUUCAUCAUCGCCGCCGGCUGCUCCUCCCCUUCAUCCUCGCCGCCGGCUGCUCCUCUCCUCCCAUCCACGCCGCCGGAUGCUCCUCUCCCUCCUCUCCUCCUCAAUCGGCUGCGCGGCGGCGGUCUUGAAGCUGGGCGGCGAGCGAGGGGCUACUCCGGCGGCGGCCCUGAAGAUCAGCAGAUGUGAAGCAGCACCACCAGAACACAGAAAGCAGUUCAUCUUAUAAAACGUAAAAGGACUUCUUUGGAGGUUUCUAUGCAGAGAUCUCUCGCUGUUGGCAUUAAGUCUGAGAACAAUGGCAAGCGGGAUUACACUGGAACUGGUACUGUUCCAUCCUUGCAUAAGCAAGAUAGCAAGAUACUGACCAAAAAGACCAUAAAGUUGUUGGAUGCACCACCUUGUCCAAAAAGGCCAAAGCUAGAGCCAACUCAAACCACUAGAGGUGCUGAAGCUAAGGGCCAUGAAUCGCUGCCACAUAAGAUUGUUCCUGAAAUGGUACGAUGCACAACAUCUGAAAAAUCUGGGUUGCUAAAGCAGAGGCGCAUUUCUGAUGCGAAGAGAAUUGACAAGAAGAAUGCUAGGUCUGGUGUCAGAUCUAAAUAUGAUUGUUUCACAUUAAAGUCUGGUUUAGGAAAUCAUGAUUCCAGUUUCAUGGGAAAUGGCAUGCUUGGGGCACAUGGCCUUAAAUCUGAUAUCCGUGACAUCACGAAUCACAUUGAGAACCUGACAUUGAGUGAACUUCUCGAUGGCACUUACAAAUAUUCCAGCUUAGGAAGAGAAAAAGGAAAGAAGGUAUUGCACACAAAAGAUGAACUCCUAGUCUCUGUCAGAAAAGCUUUUUUUAUGCUAUCUGACAUGGACAGUAGUCCUGGAAAAGAUGGUAAUUUGACUCCUAGUCCUAGGCUGCAUUCAGCAACCACCUCAAGCUCUGAUAUCAAAGAUCAGUGUAGUGACAAACCGUCCUCUUUGAUUAAGGAUCCUUUACAAACUGAGGUCUGCAGUGUUUGCCCAAAGGACAUCCUAAGCCGUUUAACACUUCCCCAAGGACAUGAUCUCGAUUCUCUUUUAUCAGCUGGAAGCGAGAGCUCAGCUACAGGGCCUUCCAUGACAACUCAUGGACCUAGUUUGCCACCAUUUACUUGGUCACACUCACAAGCUGGGGUUUACCGACCGAGCGUUGACUCUGGUAAACAUGGGUCAAGUAGGAGUAACUCCCAUUGGCAGUGGUUGAGAGUUGGAUCAUAUCCAACCGCUCAGGAUUAUGAAGAUUUACCUGUCCAUCAAAUUGAUGAUCUUCUUCAGGAAAUGGAUAUGGCAAAGUCGUCUAUCAUUGAUUCAUGUAGCAGACAAUCUAAUUUAUGCUGCACGGAAUCAACUUCCGGAUCCCUCGGACAAACUAUUUACUCAAGAAAAACUGAAAGCGAGCAUGGUCCGCAGCAACUGCAUCCACUAGACCAUGUGGGCUCCUCAGAUAGCUUCCAGAGGAAUGACAGUGAACGUUCUCUUCUGAAAGCACGUCAAGCAUCACGGAAGAUAUUGUGCGCAGCUGAGACCCUAUGUGAUAUGAGAAGAAGCACGGAAGGGUGGAGUCCCCAAGUAUAUAGCAAUGGGACAAUAAAUUUGCCAAAGUCACCUCCUGAUAAGCUGAAAGCCCGUAAGCCGUCAUCACCGUUUGGUACAGCUGAGAGCUCCUCGGGCUCUCGGAAUAGUGAUCCAGCUCGCAGCGGAAACCAUUCUACCAAGAAAGUGGUCGAUAGGAAGAACGAUUCUGCUGCGUGCAUGAGCAACCCAGGGAAAGGGCUUAUUAGGUGGCCUGUUCCUAUUGAAGAUGCUGUAUCUCCUGUCAAACCCGAGAAGGGCCUUAUGCUUGAUAUGAGACAAAACCACAGCAAUGCCGCAAGGCAUCCGAUUCAUGUAUCGUCCCAGGCACGGCUUGAGAAGGAAUACGAAAACCAGCAGAAGCUGAGGAAAGCAACAUUGGCCUCGUCUCUAGGAUCGGGAGACUGGAAUAAGGAGAGGAACAGGAGAUUGUGAAUUGUACAUUAUUCAUGUUGACAUCAUAGAGGCGAUAUAUUUGUCUGGGGAUUGGCGUAAACCAGGCAACUGUUUCAUAAGAGGUAACAACAGAACAUUGGGAGAUGCGUUCAUUCAGGUGGCGGAUGUAUUUAUUGGGCAUUUGUUGGUGGAAUUGGUGUAACAAGUGUAGCCUGUCUUCUUUUUACUAUUUGCCAUCUUAUCGCA